AUUGCUUGAUCUUCGCCAUCCAUCAUGUGGUGCACCCGAUGGUUUUUACCUCUACUACUGCUUCCUCUGCCAACGGCACCCCCAUACUUCCUCCUUCUCUUCCUCUUGUCGUUGACGAUGCACGCAAAACCAUGUUUUUACUGCAUUAUUCUCAUCACGAGUCUAUUCAUUUCCUCAUGCUACUGGCAGCCCUUCUCGCUCGACACACCUCUGACAAAUCCGUGGGCAGAAAAUAUCACUACCUACGGCCACGCGCUUAGCGCCUCACUCUCAUCUCUGCCACAUCGUGCGCAAAUGCCCACCACAAUACGGGCGGUAGAUCGUUGUUGGUGCGAUCUAUCCUCCGGGGCCUUUUUUGAGCCCUUCAAUAUGUCCCGAUGGGAGCACAAUACCGUUAAUCGACUCAAGGAUGACCUGGAGCGUCAAUGGAAGGCAGAGUCUGCCAAUGCGACAAUCGACGUCGCUCAAAUGAAUGAAGACUUUUCGCCAUCAGAUACGUCACGUAACAUCAUGGAAUCGAUAUGGUCCAUGAUUACUCGCAGCUCCUCCGAAUCCAGUGAUCUUGCCCCAGUGGUAGCAGACACAUUUACGAGUCAUCACACGACCUCCGACGUAGAGGCUAAACAUUCGCUGUUCCGUCGACAGUAUGAUUUACGGCGGUACGGCGUAGAUAUGACAAUAGAUCUCAGUUGGUCGGACAAGUCGUAAUAAAUCUUAUAUUUCUUCUCAAUGUGGGAAAUAGUAUGUAUAUAAUGAAGGACAACAGUACACUGUAUUCUUAGCAAAAAUUUCUGUCAGAAAUUGCUCUAAUAAUAGGCAGAGUCAUAGGAGAUUUCUGUAUUUACCCUUGCUGUACUAACAACGAAUGCGAAAUAAGCAGUUAUCAAUAAUUG